AUGAAAGGUGUGAUGAGGUUUUGGAAGAAAGGGAAGCCCAGUCCUAGGUUCAUCGGUCUCUUCGAUAUUCUUAGCCGUAUGGAGGAGGUAGCCUAUAAGUUGGCUUUGCCUCCAGGUUUGGCUAGCAUUCAUCUAGUAUUUCAUGUCUCUAUGUUGAAGAGAUAUCAUGGUGAUGGUUCUUUUAUCAUUCAUUGGGAUUCAGUCUUCUUGGAUGAGAACUUGUCUUAUGAGGAAGAGCCUAUUGAUAUUCUAGAUAGAGAGGUUCGUAAGUUGAGGUCUAAGAAAAUUAUGUCAGUGAAGGUUCAGUGGAAGAACUGCUUCAUUGAGGAAGCUACUUGGGAGACUGAAUCAGAUAUGUGGCCUCAGAUUGAUGUCGGGAUUUUGGGUGAAAACAUUUAG